CCAUGACUUAACAGUGACAUGAUUUUCGUUUCGCGUCAGUCAAGUGAAGUGACAACAAAAUUUUGUCGAAAUUGUCAACUCAUUUUAUUCAAUUUCGCUGAAUUCAAACAGAUUCUCGAUCAUUUCUAAUUACUAAUAAAUCUUACAAGAUGUUUCUAACCCGUUCUGAGUAUGAUCGUGGUGUGAACACCUUCAGUCCAGAAGGGAGGCUGUUCCAGGUGGAAUACGCCAUCGAAGCGAUUAAACUGGGUUCGACAGCAAUUGGGAUAUGCACUUCUGAAGGUGUAGUUUUGGCUGUUGAAAAGAGAAUUACUUCUCCAUUGAUGGAGCCGACUACCAUAGAGAAAAUCGUGGAAGUAGACCGGCACAUUGCUUGCGCCGUGUCUGGGUUGAUGGCAGAUUCAAGGACAUUGGUGGAGCGCGCGCGCGUGGAGUGCCAGAACCACUGGUUCGUGUACAACGAGCGCAUGAGCGUGGAGUCGUGCGCGCAGGCCGUGUCCAACCUCGCCAUACAGUUCGGCGACAGCGACGACGACAGCGGCACGGCCAUGUCGCGCCCCUUCGGCGUGGCUGUCAUGUUUGCGGGUAUCGACGAAAAGGGACCCCAGCUGUUCCACAUGGAUCCGAGUGGUACAUUCGUGCAGUAUGAUGCUAAAGCCAUAGGGUCCGGCAGCGAAGGCGCCCAGCAGAGCUUGAAGGAAGUAUAUCACAAGUCGAUGACCCUAAAGGAGGCCAUCAAGUCAGCUCUAACCAUUCUCAAGCAAGUCAUGGAGGAAAAACUGUCCGAAAACAAUGUUGAAGUGGUCACCAUGACUCCUGGGUCCAUGUUCCACAUGUUCACGCGGGAACAAUUAGCCGAGGUUAUCAAGGACAUACCUUGAGUUUGCGUUGUCUAUGGUCGCGGUCACGUGGUCUAUUCUUCUUCGGACAUUUGAAAAUCGAUUCCUUUAUUGUUUUUAACAUUUUUUUCCUUUGAUCCACUCACUGCCAGUGUUAUCAACAACUAUUUCAUGUCAAAAUUGGAUUAUUAAUAAUGGAUUUAAAUUUAAUUUCACUUUUUAUAAUACAUUUCGCACGGUCCGAUUGGCACAUAAAUUAAACUAAAACCAUAAAAGCCUAUAUCAUAAUAGAAUUUUAUAUAUUUAUUUUUUUGUACAAUAAAGAUUUAAAAUGAACAAGAAUAGACCGCGACUCUAAUAAUAAUAAUUAAAAGUAUGAGAGUAUGUAUUCUAUUGUGGUAUUUGUAAUAAAUUGUAUUUAGAACUGUAUACAUAAUAGAAAAUCAUGUAUUGUAUUCGUAUUUUAUAUAUGUCGCAGUCGUAUGGUUAAAUCUGCUAUCAUGUUAUGUCAACCUCUGGCCGCAGUUGAAAAAAUGUGGACUAAAUUUAAAUAAUCUGCCUGAUUUUUUACGUCAGCUGUCUUCAAAGGGCUGGCAUAUAAUAAGCCUAGUUGAAUGUUAAUUGAUGCUAGUUCAAUUAAUGAUCGGCCUGGGCGUUCAAUUGAAUGCCGGCAUUUGAUGAACGGGCUGGCCUUCCAAUUAAAUGGCUUAUUUAACUAUAUAGCUGCGACAUAUAUAUUUUAAGGUAGGUAUACCUAUAGUAUUUGAUCAUCAAAAUUAAUGCAAUUUAGUGCAAGUAUUACGAAUGGCGCGAAUAAUCUUUUGGUAAGUAUUCAUUGUUUAAUAAAAAAAAAACUUUAAAAGUA